CAGCCCGUGCGCAGCCUCGUCUCCUCGGUAGGGCAUGGCCGUGCGGUCCAGGACCGGGUUCUACCGGCAGGAGGUCCACAGGACCGUGUGGGAGGUCCCGGAGCGGUACCGGGACCUGAAGCAGGUCGGGACGGGGGCGUACGGGACCGUGUGCUCGGCGUGGGACCGCCGCUCCGGGACGCAGGUGGCCAUCAAGAAGCUGCACCGGCCCUUCCAGACCAAGCUGUUCGCCAAGCGGGCCUACCGGGAGCUGCGGCUGCUCAAGCACAUGAAGCACGAGAACGUGAUCGGCCUGCUGGACGUCUUCACCGCCGAGAUCUCCCUGGACCGGCUGCGAGACUUCUACCUGGUGAUGCCCUUCAUGGGCACCGACCUGGGCCGGCUGAUGAAGCUGCAGCGCCUGACGGAGGACCGGGUGCAGUUCCUGGUCUACCAGAUGCUGAGAGGACUGAAGUACAUCCACUCGGCAGGGAUCAUUCACAGGGACCUGAAGCCUGGGAAUUUAGCCGUCAACCCGGACUGCGAGCUGAAGAUCCUGGACUUCGGCCUGGCGAGGCAGGCGGACGCCGAGAUGACGGGCUACGUGGUGACGCGCUGGUACCGGGCGCCGGAGGUCAUCCUCAACUGGAUGCACUACAGCCAGACGGUGGACAUCUGGUCUGCCGGCUGCAUCAUGGCGGAGAUGCUGCUGGGAAAACCGCUGUUCAAAGGAAACGACCACUUGGACCAGCUCAGGGAGAUCAUGAAGAUCACAGGAACUCCCACCGCCGACUUCGUGGCCAAGCUGCAGAGCCAAGACGCCAGAAACUACAUCCGCGGCCUGGCUCCGGUCCCCAAGAAGGAUCUGCACGCCGUCUGCUCCAAAGCGUCGCCCGGCGCGGUGAGCGUCCUGGAGAAGAUGCUCCUCCUGGACCCGGAGCAGCGGGUGGCGGCCGCCGCCGCCCUGCAGCUGCCCUUCUUCAGCGACUUCCGGGAGGCGGAGGAGGAGGCGGAGGCGCCGCCGUACGACCAGACGCUGGACAACAGCGACCUGCCGCUGGAGCAGUGGAAGCGUCACACUUUCACCGAAAUCCUGACCUUCAGGCCACCGAGGGACUCCAGAGAGACCUCACUCUGAGACACACACACACACACACACACACACACACACACACGUUUGUACUUCUCUAGUUGUGAGGGCAUUCAUUGACAUAAUGCAUUUCCUAGCCCCCCUACGCCUAACCAUCAAGAAUUAAUGCCUGACCCUGACCUGUACCCUAAACCUGACCUAAACCUCACUGUAACCCGAAACCAAAGGUCAAGUCUGAACCCUCAAAAAGGUCAAAAAGGUCUGUCGAAACGAAAAGUGAGGACCGGCAAAAAUGUCCUCACUUUUAAGGUUAUAAACCCAUGAAGGUCCUCACAACUAUAGCUGUACAAGUACACACACACACACACACACACACACACACACACACACACACACACACACA